AUGUGGUUAAUUUUUGGGCUAUUUGCUAGAGUUAUUGCCGAUUUGUGGUCGGAAACGGAACGAAUCAGUGAUUUACAACAAUGGCGUGCUUUAUGUGGUCGAUAUACGGUAGCCAAAGCUUACAUGGAAGAUAGCAAUGCCAGGAUUACGGUUUUUACCCCAGUUGAUGAUGUUUUCACUUAUAAUCCCGAUAUUCGAGCAUUCGAUCAAAAGGAGACGCUUAGUCAUAUCGUUGAUACGCAAGUAGUGGAAAUCGCACAAGGUAAACGAUGGGAAAAACAGACACUGAUUCGAUCCACAGUCAACAGCGGAUAUGUGUAUAUUACGCAAUUCGAGAACAACCCAAACAAUUUCUCAUAUUUUGCCAAUGCUGGUAUGCUGUGCAAUCAUGCGACAAAUCAAUGGGGAAUGAUUUCCGGUGAACAGUACCUGUACAAAAUUUGUACACCAAUGGGACAUCGACCAUAUCCCGGUACAACGCUGUCUUUCAUACGUGAUACCAGUCAAACACUCUUCGUCGAUCGGCAAUAUGAUAAUAGUCAACUCACGUCAGUGUUUGGAUAUUCCUUUGGAAAAUAA